CACUGUACAGUGUACACGCGUACCUGUAGUAGUGUAGUGCCGCGCACUGUCUGCGAUCGUGUGAAAUCGUGUCGUGUAAAAUCUAACAUAAUAUCGCCAGUAUUGUGUAAAUACCUGCGAGUUACAACGACAAUUCGACUUCGCUAUUCAACUUAAUUUUUACGGUCGCUAAUCGUUAAAUAAUAGUCGCCCGAAUACCGCGAUGUCUACCAAGCCGCGUCGUCGUGUUGUGUUUCGUUCGCAGUUGUCUGACCAACGACGCGCGUCCAGUGGCGUGUAUCAUAAAAACAAUUGGUGUUGCCCAAAUAAUUUUAGGAGACCUACCCCCCAUAAUACUGUUAUACCUACCGACCUAUAAAAUUAUCUAUUUUUUCAUCUAUCGAUACCCACCCACCCACCCAUAUAUUUAAGGAGUUGCCCGAGCAACACUUGGACCCUAUGUUACACGCCACUGCGCGCGUCCGAUCCUUCCAGUUUUCAGUCUCUUCCUCGACAUACCUACGUCUCAUUUACGUAUAUCGUAUACCUUACGGCUGUGAUGUUAUUAUUAGAUACGAUUUACGACGUCUGUGCGGGUAACGGGCACUGCGGUGUAAAACGGACGAUAGCGUUUCUACUUGGGCCGCAGCCCGCAGCGCAUCUCAUUGUCCCCAGAACUAGGCAGGUCUAGUCGAAUAAUCCCCUUCGCACCAGUGGCGUUAUUACGGGGGGGAGGGGGGUGGAUAUGGGUCCCCCAUGAGCUGUAUUUAUGUAUUGUCUAAUACUCUUAAAUAGUUCAAAUACAAACUUAUAAAUCAUUACGAAACUAGAAAAAAAAAUAAAAUGUUGUUUUGGUAUAAAUAUUACCCAGCUAUAAAAAUAUUUACCCGGUAAACGAUAAGCAUAUUCCAAAAUAAAUGGUCUGAUUCAUUUAAUUCUUAUUUAUUAAUAAACACUGUGGGUACCCUGCCACACACUGUACCAAAUUACAGUACCUACCUACUUCCUACACAAUACUUGCAUAUAGAUUAUAGAUGGUAAGUAAUUCGAUAAUGGGAAAAACCACCAUUCCAAAAACAUAAUAUAAUAAUAAAUACAUUCAUCGUUCCACUCAGAAUCUAAAAUGUAACUUCAAGAUUUACAUUUCGAAGAACGAUUACUGCGAACGCUCACCGACACUUUUUACAUUGAUUAUUGCGAUUGUGUAUUGACACUACACAGUAGCUAAAAGAAAAAUGGAGCAAAAAUAAAGUAAACUACCAGCAACUAUAGUAGUACAUCAUUGAAUUUUUUAUAAAAGAAGCUUGGACUUGACGAAAACAGAGCAAUCCGAUGAUGCGUAUCACGGGCAAAGCCCCCCCACAAGUUUGCCAUACAAAUUUAUUUUGAUCCCCCCCUCAUGAAACAUUCUCAAUCACGCCGCUGCUUCGCACCGGAAGCUCCGCAGUCGUCUUACGGUAGGGCACUAUAGAUACAGGUAUGCUACGCCGCCAUUUUGCGACUAAUAAUGUUAUGUGAAUAUGAAUUUCUCCCCCUUUAUUUUAUUAUUUUAUCAUUGAUAAAUGAGUCGCAAAAUGGUGGCAUAGCAUACCCAUGAUAUUAUAUAGAGCCUUACUUAGGGAUGAGUGCGCCACAGUCGUUCCAUCGACGGCGAUGGCCGAUGACGUGAUGCCCAGUGCCCACAUAACAUGGUAUGAUCGAAAAAGUCCAGAUUUGGUCCAAGUUCGCGCAAUACGUCACUUGCUUACCCGUAUUAUCAUAUUGUCAUUAAAUUAUUACUACUAUACACUAUGCUACGUCACGUGCUUACCGAAGGAUCUGACCGUCAAAAAGUUACGAUCAUACCUAUUGUUUUUAUAUCAUGCCAUGAAGAGUUCGUUGAAGCACUACAAAUUCUGCAUUGCGUACCAGUCUGCUUAAAAUGAACUGGUUAAUGCACAUAAUUAUACUCCAAGUACUUCUUGGUCAAGUAUUAUCAAAUUUUACUUGCACAGGUAUAAAAAAUAUUGAUAAAUGCUUAUGUAUAGACGAACUUUAUGGUGAAAAUAAACAAGUGAAAUGUGAGUUGUCAACUUUGGAAUUCAAUUUGAUGGAAUCCAUAAUUAAAAUUGAAUGCAAUUCUUCAGAUCAAACACGAUGGGAACAGAAUUUUGGUCAAAUUGAUAUUAAUAAAUUACAUUAUGAAAAAUGCCUAUUAUCCGAUACAGGAAUUAAUCAAACCAUCUCAACACUUGGCAUUAAUAAGGUUCAAAGUUUGAAACUAGUUGCCAUGAGAAUCAAUGGUAGUCUAGAAAAUACUUACUUGUCAAAUUUGGAGAACGUGGAGACGUUAGAUAUUACUCUUACCAAAUUAAUAUUAACCAAUGAAUCGUUUGAAGGAACACCUCGUUUAACAAAAUUAUAUCUUAGAGAAAACUACAUAGAAGAUAUACCUGCAGAUGUGUUCAAACCACUUACUAUUUUAGAAAUAUUAGAUUUAGGAGAUAAUAAGAUAACCAAAAUAAAUAGUGAUCUAUUUUAUGGUAUUCCAUUGAAAUUUUUGAGUUUGGACACAAAUUAUUUAACAUCUUUGGACCUAAAUUCUCAGAGUCUGAAUUAUUUGGAUGUAGCCAACAAUAGAAUUACUUCUUUAACUGUUGGACGCCUCAAUCAACUUCUUAAUAUAUCAUUAAACAAAAAUAUUUUAGUAACAAUGCCUGACCAAACAUUUAAAAACACUUCUUUAGUGUCAAUCAGAUUCAGCCAUGGUAACUUUACCACUAUACCUCAAAGAUUUUUAACAAAUUUAGACAGAUUACUUAAUGUUUAUCUUACGUCUUUAAAAAUAGAAAAGGUACCCGAAAAUAUGAUUUGGGGUUCACAAAAUAUUAUAAAUUUCUCGUUAGCUUCAAAUCAUUUGAAUGAACUGCCAGUGAUGUUUUUUCGGGAUGCUAGGAAAUUAACAUUGUUAGAUUUAUCUAAAAAUCAAAUUAAAAAUAUCAAUCAUGAAUUACUGAAACCAUUAGAAAAUCUAAAAACCUUAGAUUUAUCCAAUAAUUUAAUAAUCCAAAUUAAUAACUACAGUUUAAGGCACUUAAAAAACUUGAAGUACCUCGAUUUGGAAAGAAAUAAGAUAACAAAUAUUGAACGGGAAGCAUUAAAUUUCCCAAAAUUAAAAACAUUAAAAUUGGCUUAUAAUAAAAUAAGUAACUUGACCUCAAAUUACUCAUUCUCAUUAUAUUAUUUGGAUAAAGUUGAAACUAUUGAUUUAUCAAACAAUUUCAUAGAUUGUAUUGAUCCUGGAUGGGUAACUUUGACCAAUUUAAUUAAUAUUAAUCUAUCAAGUAAUAACUUCACUGUACUCAGAAUACAAGAUAUACGAUAUAUAAAUAAAAUUGCAAAAACUAAUCUUAACAAUAAUCCAUUAGAAGUAAUUGAUUUAUCAAAUUUAGAAAUAGUUGCAAGUGCACAAUCGUCACCAUACAAUUUCUGGAAUAAAAGACAAAUAAAUCUGUCAAGUGAUAAAUUCAUUUGUGAUUGUCGUAAUUAUGAGUAUGCAAGAUUUUUACAUAAACAAAUGCCAGAAAUGGUAUACAAGUACUUAGAAAUUGAACAAAAUUUGAUUUGCAAUGAUGGUUUGGAUACAGAAUUUUUAAGUGUGAAUAUCGAAAGUUUAACAUGUGACUGGAACAUUUUUGAGGAUGUAGACAAGACUGACUGUUUUGAAUGUGAGUGUACUUACCGUCCUCAUGACAAAUCUGCCCUGAUGAAUUGUUCAAAUAGAAAUUUAAUAGUGGCACCAGAAGUAAUAAUUUCAAGUAGAAAUGUUAAUUAUAUAGAACUGAACUUAAGAAAUAAUUCCAUCACCAAGUUACCAAACUAUGAAAAUUUAAACAUCAAGAAGUUAAAUAUUGGUUAUAAUAAUUUAAAUACCAUUAACAUGACGCAGUUACCUAAAUAUCUUACGGAAUUACACUUGGAACAUAAUAAUCUGACAAUGAUUAGUGAGACGAAUUUGACCAAUAUAUUACACAACUUAAACAACUUAACAAUGAACAGUAAUUCAUGGAUAUGUGAUUGUAAUGCUAAGAAUACUAUCAAUUUUAUUCACAAUUAUUCAUCUAAGAUUUUUGAUUUAGCCAAUAUCACAUGCGAUCAGUCAUCAACUCUGUUACACACCCUGACUGAGAAAGAAGUAUGUCAAGAAGAAUUAAAUACUGACAUGAUCACUGUAACUAUAUUUUUAGCAGUGUUGAGUGCAGCAUUUAGCUUAGGUUUGUUAUGGAUGUUGUAUAGUAACAACAAAACUAAAAUCAAAAUAUGGCUGUACUCUCAUAACAUAACAUGGCUAAUAUCUGAAGAAUCACUCGACCAGGAUAAAAAAUAUGAUGCAUUUCUUAGUUUCUCUCACCUAGACAUAGAACUAGUUGAAAAUCAUUUAGUACCAGGCUUGGAAGGAGGGAGCUCACCGUUUAAACUUUGUCAUCACUAUAGAGACUGGGUAGUCGGCGAUUGUGUUCCUAAUCAAAUUGCUCGUUCAGUUGAUGAAUCUCGAAGAACUAUUAUUGUAUUAUCAAAAAAUUAUUUAAAGAGUGUUUGGUGUCCUAUAGAGUUCAGGGUAGCUUAUUCCACUGAUCUGAACGAAUGCCACAGUCGUAUAAUCAUCAUACUUUAUAAUGACAUAUCAGAGAAAGAUUUAAAUCAAGAGUUAAAAGCAUAUCUGUCCAUAAAUACUUAUAUUAAAUGGGGAGAUAGAUGGUUUUGGGAGAAAUUGAGAUAUGCUCUUACAUAUAGACCAGCGACAAAAAACAAAAAUAGAGCUAAGAUAAUAGUACCAGAUAAAUUAAAUUCUGUUCGGUUAACAUAACUUUUAUUUUAUAAUUGAUAACCUGUUUUAAUUAUUUUAUAAAAUGUAAUAUUUACAUAGUUUUUUCAGUAUGUACAUUUUGUGACAGUUAUUUUAUUUUAAGUUAUUUUUUUUCUUGUUAUAAAAUUGAAUGUUUAUAUUAUUACUUGUAAUUAAACACAAACCGAUAUA